GAAGUCACACACACUCACACCAGCAGCCAUGAACCCCUCCGGCAGUACUGGCGCGCGCCAGAUUCCCGUCAACCUCUUCACGCGGAGCGAGUAUGCGAUCCCCGCCUCGACGUACUUCAUCCCGGCGGACUGGCGGCGGUUCCAGCUCUCCGAGCUGAUCAACAAGGUGCUGGGGCACGGGGGCGAGAGCGGCGUCGCGCCCGUGCCCUUCGACUUUGUUGUCGAAGGCGAAGUGCUGCGCGGCUCACUUGACGCGUGGCUCAAAGCGCACCGCGGCGACGACGAGGAGACGGCCAUCAACGUCGAGUACAUGCAGUCCGUGCUGCCGCCGUCCGACGCCGGGCGGUGGGAGCAGGAGGACUGGGUCUCGGGACUGAGCGUCGCGCGCCGGGGAACCGUCCUUGUGUCCUCGUACCUUUCGCAUGUGCGCGUCCUCCCGCUCGCUGGCGGCAUCGGAGACGCACCCACGCCGCUGUACACCCUUCCGCUGCCGACGGCGCUCGGCGCGACGUGCUGCACCUGGCUCGCGGACGACAUGGUGGCGGCCGGCGGCGUGGAUCGCGCGACGCACGUGUUCCGCCUGCCUUCGCUCGACCCCGCCGAGGCCGCGGCCGAGAACAACACCGCCCACGAGCUGUACACGCUUAUGGGGCACACGGCGCCGAUCUCGAGCAUCGCGGCCGGGCCGGCGCGCGAGCUCGCAUCGGCGGCGUGGGACGGCCAGAUCAAUGUCUACGCCCUGCCCUCCGAGGAGCCUGAGGAGCACGAGGUGCCCGCCGACCCUACGAGCUACCUCCCCGGGCAGAAGAAGCGGCGCAAGCUCGCCAAGGAGACGGGACAGGGGCCGCAGCCCAUCGAGGGCUUGACGGACGGAGACGCGACGGGCGAAAGCGGGAUGGGGUGGCGGCGGGCGCCGACGCUCGUGCUCCGCGGCCACAAGGGGCGCGUGGGCGGGUUGGUGUGGGAUCACGAGGACGCGAGCAGGAUUUGGAGUGCAGGAUGGGAUGGGAGCGUGCGCGGUUGGGACGCUGAGACUGGCGCCAACGUCGUCGUUAGGCAAGGACCUUCGGACAAGGCGCUGCUCUGCGUCUCGCAGUUCGCGCCCACUGGCCAGCUCGCGGCCGGCAGCAUGGACCGUACAGUCACGCUGUGGGACACGCGCGCGGCACAGAGCGUCAUCGCUGGCACUCUGCAUGUCGGCUCGCCUGUUCCCUCCAUCGCCUGCCACCCCACGUCAGCGUUCACGCUCGCCACAGCGACGUAUGCCGGCGCCGUGCAGAUCUGGGAUGUGCGUUCGCCCAAGCACGCCCUGUUCAGUGUGCGGCACACACCCGCGCGCGAGCAGACCAAGAACGGAAAGGCGCUCGGUGAGCGCCUCCUCGCCGUCGACUGGGACGGCGAGGUGCUUGUCGCGGGCGGUGAAGACGGCGAGGUCGGGCUGUGGCGUGCGCGCGGCGAAUAGAUGCGAGA